AUGAACAAUUACGUAUCCGCCGCUAUAGAAAACAGCUUUGAAAAAUUUGAGGCUUAUCCAAGGGUUGUUGAAAGAUAUUAUAAGCCUUUUUACUUUUUAAGUAAUAAAGGCUUACCAUCUGAACACCACUGCGUCCUAAUGCAUUCAAACAAAAUUUGCCUGAUAACUUUAGCACCGACACACCCAUUAAUUAAAAGCCAAAAAAAAAUCACAAAACUAGAUUUUCAAGUUACAAAUGAGGUAGAUCGCUUAGAAAAUAAAGUCAGUGGGAAAAGCAAAAAAGGAGGACAGCACCUAAUGCCAGACUCAUUAUUAUGUCAUGUCGAGUGUAGCGAUGGUUCUAAAUAUUCAAUUUGGAGUUGCAUCAAAGGCAAACUGUUGGAAAUAAAUAACUUACUUUUGUCAAAGCCAGAUCUCAUGGUUCAAAAACCACUUUCAGUAGGUUUUUUGGCUAUUAUAUUACCAUCUGUAAAAGAUAUAGAAAUAUACAAGAAGAAGUUAAUCACUUGUGAAAAGUACAUUACAGAUAUAAAAGCAAUGAGUGAAAACACAGAAUCACUGUGA